AUGAACAAUGAUGAUCUUGAUAGUCCAAGUUCAUUAAAAGAUUACUACUCAACAGAAGUUAUCAAUACUGGUGAAAAUAAUUAUAAUGGAGGUACAGAUGAUGAAAAUAGAAGCAAUAAUGGAUUUAAUGUUACAAUAGAGGAAGCUGUGUUUAAGUAUGUCAGAGGGAUAGAACUGGAUUAUAUUGGUAACAUCCCAGACGAUAAUUAUAAUAUUAACAUUAUCAAUCACAACGAUACUGUCGGUAGUAGUGAUGGGAUAUAUGAUUUUCAAACAACAAAUCAUGAUUCCUUGUCGUCAGAAUCUAAUUUGAGGAAUGAUAAGACAUGUGAAUUAUUAUAUGUUAACCCUAGAAACAAAAGAAAUUUAGAUAAAAUUGAUAAGCUAAGUUCAUUAAAAAGAAUAAGAUUACAAAAUGAUAUGGGGGGUGAGAUAAUUGAGGAAGACUCUAGACAACUGGAAAAAGAAAGUAAUUGCAUCAUUAAGGGCUUUUCUAUUGAGAAUAAAGGAUCCAAUUUAAUAAAUGGUACCUCCUAUGAACCCAUAUUAAAUAAAGAUAUGCUCUUGCCCACUUUUGAUGUAGAAAAUGAAUUUUAUCAACCUUGCAGUAGUCUUUUAAUGGGUAAACAUUACCAAAAUAUUUUGCCUAAAACAAAAGAAGGUGAGGAUGGCAACUGUUUUAAUAGUGAUCAAUCUAAAAUCUCUAAAAGUAAAGAAAUAAGGAAGUUAGUAGAGAAGUGUAUUCUACAAGUAUCACAAUUAAAAAAUAGUAGUGGGAUUCGUAAAAAUAUUAUAUUGGAAGAAGAGAAGAUAAUGAAAAGUUUUAUCCAGGGAUAUCAAGAAAUAUAUGAACUGUCUUAUUAUGAUCUUAGAUAUAUUAUUUUAAGUGAAUAUGCAAAUGAGGAGGAUAUAUUAAUUUUAGAAAGUAUUAGUAAUAAUAAUACUAAAAAUAAAAUAGACGCUAAAAUAAUAGAUCAUUUUUGGAGUUUCCUCUAUGAAAUUUUUUCCAGUCAUUUACAUUUAUCUCUUAAAAAGCGUGUAUAUGGUUUAAUAAAAAAUUGUUGCAAGAAAAGUAAAUGGACUAAUGAAGAGGAUAGGUUGUUAUACGAAAUGUGUACAGUUAAAGGUCUGUUAGGGAAGUGGAAUCGUAUUGGGUAUAUAUUGAAUAGGACCCCUGAAGAUUGUAGGAAUAGGUGGCGUGACUAUGGGAUAUGUCAAGGAAAUCAGAAAAAGAAUCAAUGGACAAUAAAGGAAGAAGAACAGUUAUUUAGAAUAAUUGUGGAUUUAUUAAAGAAAUACAUAGGAAUAGAAGAAAAAAAUCAGGAUAUGCAUCUCAAUAUCGAUACCUUGAUUCAUAAUGAACAGUUAUUCAAAUGUGCAAUAAAUUGGAAUCAAGUCAGUAAGUACAUGGGAUAUACAAGAUCAAGGAUUCAAUGUCAAUAUAAAUGGAAAAAAUUGUUGAAACGUAGAAUGUUAAAGAGAAUUAGUGAUAGAAUAUCUAAUGAUGAUAUACAUCGACUUAUAUCGAUAAUAGAAAAUAGAUGGACUGAGAUGGAUGAGAUUGACUGGCACCACUUAUCAAAUGAAUUAAAUUCAAAAUGGUACCCUAAAGAAUUAGAGCAUUUUUUUAAUAUAAAGCUAAGAACAAUAUUAAAUCAUAAACAGUUGACUAUAAAAGAGGUAUGCAAAGAAAUUCUCAGAAAAUUAGACAGUUAA